GCUGUGCCUGGUGGGUAAAUUCAAACAGAAGAAAUGGAAGAGGGAUCCAAGAAGGGACAGUUUGAUUGUGAAAACAUGACUGUCAUCAAACACAGCAACACCAUCGAAACCUCUAACAACAACUGCAGUAACAAGCUUAUUCAAAGCAAUCAAUGCACAUCUCACGAAGAAGAAUCAAGAGCUUCAUCUGGAAAAACGGAAAGGAACAUUUUGUGCUAUGUCGACGAUCCAGAAUCCUCCGCUGAGUCUGAAGUGGAAAAUGUUUGCCUGCAGGACGACAUUGGAGAGUCUGAAUCAGAUAGUGUUUGUGUGGAGCAUUUGAACCCAUCAGAAGAUCAAGAAAACAGAAAUAGCUCCACACAGACAAGAACAGACCAUAGAGGUGAUGAUGUAGGUUGUCAGGAGACUGAUUCUUUGGCCAGUGCUUCUGGCAGUCAUAAGGAUUGUGAAUCAAAUGGAGUGCCUCCACACUCUGUAGAUGAUGAAGAAAUAUUCAGAAGAGCGAGAGAGGAAGGACGAGUGAAUGUCAUCUUCCCUGGAUGCAUCACUCAGGAUGGUUGCUGUCGAUUUGUUGGCGAGCUUCUGAAAUGUGUCCUUUAUCAGCGCCAACAGAUGCCCAUGACAUACGACCAAAUGGUGUUCCUUCAGAAACAGCAGCAUAAUGCCUCUCAGGACAUUAUAAAGCAGCGGUCUGCAAAGGCGUCAGGGGGUUUGGAUUGGCGUCGAUGCCAGAAGAUGUUGCAGGAACUGGAUGAUGUGUUGGCCCACCUUGAGGCACUGUUCUCUCUCAGUCGAGUUCCCCGCGUGCUUUUCAUGCUGGGUGGAUCCACUGUUCUUCCUACAGAGCUGUAUGAGGUCAACAUGGAAUCGGUGGCCGUCGGGGCCGGGGAAAACAGCUUAAGGACCUCAACCUGUCUAAGACAGAUUUUCCGCACGCUGUUUGUGGCUGACCUGUUAUCGGAUGCCAAGUCUGUGCGUCUUAUGAGCACCACAGUCUUGGCUCUGGGUCACCGGGAUUGUGGCGUGACCGGGUUUAAACCCAGAGUGGAUUUUAAAGUUCCCACAAAAGUGAAAAGGCAAGUCAUCUCUAUAGGCAGUGAUUUGUCUCUCGCCGGGGAGCUGCCAAAAACAGACCUGGAGGAUUAUAUAUGGUUUCAGGCCCCCGUCACUGUUAAAGGCUUCUGUAAAUGAUGAGAGAAUAAAGAAUAACAGAUUUCAGGGAAUGUUGGAAUACAGUUCACUCCAUUCUCAGGGAUCACCAGAUGACUGGCCAAAAAAGUAAACGGGCUAUUGUAUUUUUUUUCUUAUGCUUCAUUCAGGAUUUCUGUGUGAAUUUUAACAUUUUAAAACCUCAUUUUAUUUAUCUUAUGUUUACAUUGUCAUCAGCUAAUCCAUAUAUUUUUUACAUUUUACAGAACACAGCGGUGGUUUUGUAAUGUUUAAUAGCCUGGGCUGCUACUCACUCC